AUGGCCAUCAUCCCGGGUAUCCCGCACGUCAUCGUGGAUAUAGCGGUUGACGGCAAUCCGCUCCCCGAAUACCUCGACGAAGACGACAGUGAAUCUAUAACCCCGAACAGCACUACCAAAUACGUCGAAUGCAUGCCUGGCUCACACUUCGCCAUACGGAUCAAUCUCACUAAUCUACAACACUGGCAUCUCAGAGGCGGUGACUCUGUAGAGACGUCGUACUUUCUUGAUGGCCAAAGGGUCGGCGGCGUAAUGCUUCCACAACCUUGGCUGAGUGGAUAUGCUGUUUAUUCAUACCCCGCAGCUCGCUACAUGGAGGGUGGAAUCUGCAAGGAGAGAGCGCUCAUGUUCGCUGAUCUUGUGACAAGUGAGGACCGAGCAUACGCCAAACCAAGACCUGAGCUCAACCACCUGGGGACGAUCACUGUCAAACUUUACCAUUCCAAAGCGGGUAAGACCGACUUUCGCGACUCCGACAAUGCUUCGGAGGCCAAUGUCGGACAUGAAAACAUUCACGAGAAACACCUCAAAGGUCAAGCGAUAUCGACUCAGGCCAAACUGGGAGAGGCAAAACCAAUCGGCCGGAUUAUGACCACUGCGAGCACACGUAUUGGUGAUGCUUUCGCAACGUUCAACUUCCGAUACCGUUCGCGCAAGGAUCUGCAAAUUUCUUGCCUCAUCCCGAGAAGCCCCAGUCCUAUUCCAUUGGAGGAUCGACCAGAAGAGAGCCUCACCCGAGACGAGCUUCUCGAACUGUGUCGUAGGCAGAAGGCCCGCCAAGAAGAGAUGGUUGUGAUCAAGCUAGAACACGAAAAGCAGCGUACCGAGGAAAAGAGAACGCGCGUUGAGGAUGAGAGCGAUGAGGAACCCACCUUGACCUACCACCAUCCGCCCACCAAAAAGCUCAAGAUCUCGGCAGAUGCCCACGCUGGCAUCGAAACUGUCGACUUGACAGACGACUGA